AUGACAGCAGUGGAGGAGAAACUUCAGCUACCCCGGAUAUAUAAACAAACCGUUAAAAUGGCAUUGUAUGACCUGUGCAUCGUUGGGGCAGGUAUGAUGGGGUCUGCCGCGGCCCGUCAUGCUUCAGAGAAAUCAGGGGUAAAAGUUUGUCUCAUAGGCCCUCAAGAACCAAAGAUUAGGGAAAUAGUUAGUGGAAACGAAGUAUUUGGAACACAUUAUGAUGAAGGAAGGAUCAUGCGGGCCACCGCAACAAGUCCAUUGUGGGCAGAUCUUGCCAAACGGUCGGAGGAGAGAUAUAGGGAACUAGAGAAUCUUUCGGGUGUACAGUUUUACCACGAAAUAGGGGCACUAACAGUUGGCACAAGAUAUGGACAGUUUAUUGGGAGGACAAAAUCCAGUCUGAAAGGGGGUCCAAAAGGUUAUGAUAAUGUCGAAAUCCUUGCCGCAAAAGAACUUAAUGAUAAAUUUCCGUAUCUUACUUUCGCAGACAAUGAUGAAGGCAUCAUGGAAAAGAGCCGGGCUGGCUAUAUAAAUCCAAGAAAGAUGGUUAUGGCUCAAAUAGUAGUUGCUGUCAACCAAGGAUGUGACGUCAUUCGCGAUAUUGUACUCAAUAUUGAAAAAUUACAGGGGGUAUAUAAACUAACCACAGAAAGAGGGAAAAUUAUUUGGACAAAGAAGGUUCUAUUAGCAACCAAUGCUUUUACGGGGAUGCAUCAACUUUUAAAGAAUCCCGUGUCAUACAAAGCCAUGCCACAGACCGUGACACUUGCCGCCGUCAGUGAAAACACAGCAAAGCGGCUAAGCCAGAUGCCAGUUGUUUUAUAUGAAGGCAAAGGUGGCGAGUCAUGGUCUAAAACUUAUCCUAGGGACUCUAGUGACAACAUCCAGUUUUAUUUAUUGCCUCCGAUUAAAUACCCAGAUGGGAAGUACUAUAUAAAGAUUGGCCACUCAGAUGACAUUUUGAAAGGCAGUUUGGAAUUGACGGAUAUAAGAAAAUGGUACAGUGGAAAAGGAGAUGAAGAACUCGAGGAAGAACUCUUCAAACUCUUAGAUACCAUAUUCCAUGGUGUUCGUUUUGAAAACCAUCAUGGUGAUGCAUGCGCAACUAUGGUAACACCAGGUAAACAACCUUAUAUAGACCUUCUUUCACCCACGCUAGCCGUGGCUCUUGGUGGAAACGGGUAUGCAGCGAAAUCAAGCGAUGAAAUCGGCAGAAUUGCUGCAGAUCUGAUACUUACAUCAAAAUGGACGUAUGAUAUUCCCAAGGAAAAUUUCAAAGUGAAGUUUCAUGUACCAUCGAAGCUUUGAUACCCCCAAGAUGAAAGAUCGGGGAAACCCUAACAAAAAAUACUAGAGUUAACUAUAUAUUAUACUUUACUAUAGUUAGAUUAUAGUGAUAACUUUGACACUAUGAAAACUUUGAUUUACUAUAGUGAUAACUUUGAGACUUUGAUUUAUUAUAGUGAUAACUUUGACACUUUGAUUUACUAAAGUGAUAACUAUGAAAACUUUGAUUUACUAUAGUGAA